AUGGCGACAAUGACGGCCGAAGCCGCCCCCAGCAGGGGCAAACCAGAACUUUUUGGAGUGAGCGUCCAUCAUUUGGCUACGUCGUUCAUGGAGCGUGUCAAGAAGGCUGGAUGGGAUGAAAACGCCAAAAUCUACGAAUUGGAGGACUUGAGGAAGGAGGCGCAUGGAUUGAUUCGUCAAGCGGGGGUAGACGUCAUGUGCCCCAUGACCAAUCAGAAGGGGGCUGCCUACGUUCAUUGCCUUUCGGGCGAAGAUCACGUGGGAGAUGCGACUCAUAUGUUGUCAUACACUUGGCGUUACACAAUUGGAGACAUUGUGGCCACAUUGCAAGGAUUCUGUGAAGAGCAAAAGUUGGAUCCCAAGCGGACAUAUUUCUGGAUAUGCUGCCUCUGUAACAACCAGCAUCGUGUCUAUGAACUCUCCCAAAGCGGGAAAGUAGUUGAAGCCGACGAGUUUUUAAAGCACUUCCGGGCCUGUGUGCUCGGCAUUGGCAAGGUAGUUUGCAUGAUGGAACCCUGGCAAUCUCCCAAGUAUUUGACACGCGUCUGGUGUGUCUUUGAGAUUUUCACGGCGAUUGACAACGAUUGUCAAGUCUUUAUCUGCAUGCCACCACAAGAACAACAGAACAUGUUGCAAGCCGUUGUGUACGGAGAAGACACCGCCUCCCUCUACACGGCUCUGUCCAACACUCGGGUCGAACUAGCAGAUGCGUCUGUAGAGAACGACAAACGCCUGAUUCUCCAAGUCUUGGAAAACCAUGAAGGUGGAGUUGAAACUACAAACGCCCGUGUCAACAUCUUUUUGCGUCAAUGGUUCCACUCCAGCAUCCUGAAACAUUUGCAUGAUAAAAGAGAUGAAGCUUUGAGCAAAAGGGAGUCCGACAAAAACAGCGACAUGUCGCACGUUGGCUCACUCUACUGUGAUGUCGGUUGGCAUUUCAGACAUUUGGGCAAGAGAGACGUUGCUCUGGAGGUAUUGCAAGAAGGCCUUGAACUCUUGGAAAACGCUGAGGAGUAUGGAAACUCUUUCGUCAACGUGCUCAACAGUUUAAGUGCCGUUCUUGUGGAGCUUGGCAAACAUGAAGAAUCGCUUGUUCACACGCAACGGCUUGUAAAGCUUCAGGAAGACCUGGAUGGAUCAGGUGUUGCCAGUGAUAACACAGCCGUCUGCUAUGUUCAGCUUGGGCGCGUUCUGAAAAAGUUGGAGCGCUACGAGGAAUCUCUGGACUAUUUGACAAAAGCGGCUUCCAUAGCCGAACAAUCAUCGAACCACGAACGCCUGGAAAAUGUCUACAAUCAUCUGAGCUCUUUGUACCUGGCUUGGGAUCGCAAGGAAGACGCGCUGCAGUUUGCGAAGAAGCGCCUUGAGGUUAACAAGGAACUCCGCGGAAGUCCACCUGAGGACACAUUCGAUGCAUACAUUUAUGUUGGGGAUGUCUCGGGCGGGGAAGAACGGAUGCAGGCCUACCAAGACGCUCUGGAUCUUGCUACAUCGGUUUAUGGAGAUCGACACCCAAAGCCAUUAGAAGCUCGUACCAAAAAGGCAAUGGCGUUGAAGGAUAAGCAAGAGUAUGCAGCUGCUUUGGAAGAGCUCCGCGAGGUCCUGGCACUCCAACGAGUGUUUUAUGGUGACGACAAUGACCAACAUGAAUUGAAAGCCACAAAAAUCCAAAUUCGGGUGUGCACCGCCCUCGGCGGCUUUGCUUUCACCAAUGCCAGCGGUGGUGCGAUGAAUUUACCAAAGACAACGGCUAGUACCAAAGAAGCUUCCUCCAGUACGUAG